GGAGAUUCAGGCGCGUGACAGCGCUGAGCGAACCUCUCGCCUUACCUGAGGCCCCGGAAUGAAUGCGCCUACCAGAGAAUGAACGUGCCAUCGACGGAAAGCUAAGAAAGGAAGCCAACCAAGCACAGGAAAAGAGGCCGGCCAUGCGCUGUUCUCUCCUCACCAAACCCGGGCGAUUGACCGACUUUUCGUGAGGACUAACGCUUCUUCUCUCCUCUCACUUAUUUUACGACGCGCAGAGCGCUAUUGGGGGAGAGUGAAAGAAAAGGGCUUAGCUGAAAGCGGACGUGGGUGGGCUUUCGCAUGAAGUGACCAGAGCAGCGAUGGAGCAGAAGAAAGAAAAGUCGAGGUUCUGGGGAGGUCUGUUGCGCGGAGAGAGCUUGAUGAAGCGAGGCUCGAGGGUGGUGCGCAAGUAUCAGGACCUGCUGCGCGGAGAGGCGCGCGACGACGUGGAGGGUGAGUGGGAAGACGACAACGAGGACAGGGAGCUUCAUCAGCCGCCGCAGCAGUUACAGCAGUUACAGCAGCAGCAGCAGUACGACGAACAGGAGGAGAGGCAGCGGCGCAGGCUGAGUGAGGGCAGCAACAGCAUCGUCGUUCCCCAUCGGGAACUGCCGCGCAGGCGGCGGACGAUUGAUGGCGGGAGCGGUAGCGACAUCCUUCAGAGACGCUCGCCCAGGGCCUCGGCCACGAGGCGACGACCCGACGAGUCGCUAUCUGGACGACUUCAGUCGGGCUUUGGCAGGAAGCGAGACAGCGGAGCCGAUGUCAGCGGCAGCAACGACAACACCGCAGCCACUGCUGGCGAUAGGGGCAAGAAGGUCGCAGAGCCGUCGGCGGCAAAUGGAGGCCAGAACCCGCGAUGGCCGCCGACGGCAGUGUCGAGCCUCGAGGAGCUGCCCCAUAGAGAUGCCCUCGAAAUGAUUGCGCACGGGGCGCCGACCUUCAAAGGCCGCAAGAAGGCCAUUCCUUACGCAUCGGACCAGCACUAUGCGCUCUACGUGACGAGCACCAAGACCCGGAGCGGAGGCACCGACGUGGCGAGGCCAAGCGACGCCAUGUCGCAUCUCAUGACGAUGAAGGUACAGGAGCACGGCCACGUGUCGUACCCCUGGGAGACGAUAGAGCAGCCUAGCUAUGCCUUCUUCUACGGUCGUCUAGGCGGCACCAUCACGCUCAACCAGUGGGCCUCUGCGGCGAGCAACAUCCCAGCCAAGAUUCCGCUGAGGGACUCGGGUGUUGUGCCGCGGCCGGUGAGCCUGGAGCAGAUCUUUGCGCGGCUGAUGGACCUGCAGCAGCUAGGGCUGGAGGACGACGACUUGAGUCUGCUGUAUCGGUCUCUGUACAAGCGCUUCUUGCGAGACCCCGACAAGCUUCUGAGCCCGCACAAGACGCUGGACAAACAGAUUGCUGACCUGAUCAUGGCCCUGUCGCGGCCGGACUGGAUCGACUACACGGAGCCCAAGAACCAGGUCGUGACCCGCUUCAUAUUCAACGGCUCUACCGAGGAGGGCCGGGAACAGUAUCUCAAGUUCUUUCACCAGCUGCUCCUCAGCCUCGAGCUGGACCUACGCAUUCAGUCCCGGCAUCACGAUGACUGGGCCAAGGAGAAGCUGCUGCAACAGAUGCCUCCUACGAUCAAAUGGAACCUGGCACUUGCGAGGCGGUGGCGGGAGAAUGUUCGGAUCGAGACGUACGGCGAUUCUCCUCAAGAAGUGAAACUGCGGUACAAGCUGAAGAAGCGGCAAGUGAAGCAGCUCAAGAAGUUUGCUCAAAUCAUGAAGUGGCCCAAUCUAAGGGAUACAAUGGAGUCCCUGCGGCAAAAGGACGAGGACUUUUCUCUGGACUCGAUAAGCUCGGAUGCGUUUGCCUACUUUAGCGGACUCGUGCUUCCUGGUCCGACAUUCUCGUUCCUCAUCAUGAACACGCUCAUCGAUCUAGAUCCUGAUCCGGCAACGAAUGAGCUGGCCCUGCUUUCUCACAUGCACCCACACUCUGGCUUCCAGUACCGUAAUAGUCACACGUACUGGUCGGCAAGCUGCAUUGUGGGCAAAGUGCUGGCGCCGACGUGCCACUCGGUCGCAGGCUGGGUCGGGCCUUGCAGGCCAACGUCAGAGCUUGGCCGGUCUCAGAUUGCCCGCAUCCGAACCAGGCAGCCCAAGCAGCGAAUGACGCGCGAGGACGUCGAGACGAUGAGCACGCGGUCCGAUGCGUUAGGCCCGCGGGCAGACGCAUAUCCCGUGCGCGAGUAUAAGCUGGCGACGCUGGACAGCGAGCGAUACAUGGUGGACGCCGUGCGGAUGGAGCUGCUGAGCUUCAAACCGGUUCCUUCUGCUACGGGGCGCGAGAGCAGCGCUGGCGGCCCUCGGCUCUUUGAUGCCCAAGCGCAGUUUGCCAUUGAUGGCGUGUCCUGGCCGCUGCGGCUCAUGUACGAUGUGAGCUUCGUCUCCGCCUGGCCGUGUGCGGACGGGCCGCAUCCCCUGUUCUACGACUACGAGUACAAGCUUGUCAGGGCGGACGAUAUCGUUCGCAUCCGCAAUUGGUCCGGCUUGUACGGGGGAGACGGCCAGCACUCUGGGCCCAGUAGCACGGCCUCGAGCCCUCCACCGGCGGCCGACGCGGUACAUGCCGUGGUCGAUAGGGAUGUCGACGAUGAGAAGGUGCUCGUGGUGGACGCGGUAGGGGUUCGUGACAACGAGGUGCUGGCGAGGGCCUGGUGCGCUCACUGGGGGCUCAGCGCAGUCGUGGCGGAUAUCCACAACACUUGCAUGGCGUGUGCUAUCCGAGAAGCAUAUGCGGCAACACUAACAGUCGUGAUCCUGGCCGAGGACCACUCACACGACAAUGACGAAUAACGACUUAUGAAGUUGACGGAUGAUACGAAGCAGUACCUUUUUUU